AUGUUGUCAUCCAACUCUUCAUCAGAAUCAUCAUCAUCUUCACCCACUCAAACUUAUCGCACCUGGAUCAAGAAAAUUCAAGUUCCAAUUGGUUGUACAAUUCUUCAAAUAUUUGUAUCCAAUAAUGAAACCAUCUCUCUCAAUCAACCUCUCUUUGAAUAUAAAGUAUUUAAUCCUCAAACGCAAAGCGAUCGGGUCGGAGUGUUUUUAUCAAGUAUUUAUAAGAAUUUACAAACAAAUACCAUGUGUAAAGCAAGAAUUGUGGAGAUAUCAACAAGUAGUAACAACAAUUCUUCAAAUUUGCCAUUUCUAGUUCAAACCGAAUCGGAUCGAACGAUUUUAUUAAUGGAAUAUGUCGAUGAAAGUGUAAAAGAGAGUUCAACUUCCGAUAAUUUUGAACCAAAAAGUCCACUUUAUACUCUAUUGUAG